AUGGGAGCUUUCCACUUGGCCUCUGCGCUUGCGAUUGCAGCCCUGCCAGCUCUCUCCUCCGCAGGCACAGUGAGCCUGCCCUCCUAUCCUCUCGCGGUCAAAAGCCCGUAUUUGUCGACAUGGCUGCCCGGAAACCAGACAACAGAUGUCGCCUCUGGCCAGCCUGAAUUUUGGGCUGGCCAGGCCGUCAGCUGGCCGAUUCUUGCCCGGGUUGCGGGCACGACAUAUACAUUGUUUGGCGCCCCCCAGGGCGUUUCUGGCGCAACAGCGGCCACUACUAUAGGCGUCAGCUUCACCUCGACGCAUACACUUUUUACUCUUACUGCUGGUGCAGCCAAUAUCACCCUGGACUUCUUUUCGCCCGUGUAUCCGGGACCAGAGCAUUACGCAAAGCAGUCACUGCCUUACUCGUACCUCACGGUUGCCGCCUCGGUCGAUGAUGCAACUGAUAUCCAAAUUCUCAGUGGUAUCGACUACACGUGGACUGCUCAGGGCGGUGCCGCGCAGUUGAAUUACACAACGACCGACACGGCUGGAUUUUUCUGGUUCUACAACCCAGAUCAGGAUUAUUUCACGGAGGAUUCAGAUAUGGCGACUUAUGGAUCUGUUGUCUACGGAACAACAUCGGGAGAUGACGUUACAUAUUCCUGUAACUCAGCUGAUACCAUCUAUAAUACAUUCAGGACCACUGGGGCCUUGGCUGAUAUUGGCGACUGCAAGGGAAACCAAUUUGCUGCGUUGACCAAAGACCUGGGCACUGUGACGCAAGGCAAUGUCACCUUUGCUGUGGGAUUCCAACGCGAUUUGGCCAUCAACUACGUCGGAAAUGCACAAACUGGGUACCACCGUUCUAAUGCAGAUUGGAAUCUCAUUCCAGGCGCCAUUGAGGCAUUCUUGGCUGAUUAUGAAAAUGCGCUUAUCGCAUCGGGUCCCUUCGACCACGCCAUUCGGUCUAGGUCUGAAAACGUAUCUAGCGACUGGGGAAGCCAGUACGCGGACAUAAUUGAAGCUAGUGUUCGGCAAACAUUUGCUAGCUUUGAAAUCACAGUGCCGCUGGACGAUCCCACGGCCUCACCACAAAUGUUCCUCAAGGAAAUCUCCAGCGAUGGAAAUAUUCAAACAGUGGACGUAAUGUAUCAAACCUGGCCAGUUUUUGUUAGUUUGAACCCGGAGUAUUUGAAACUCUACCUAGAGCCUGUGUUAGCCUACUCCGCAACCGGAGACUGGCCUCACCCAUGGGUCAUUCACGACCUCGGUACACAUUAUCCGAAUGCCACUGGUCAUGCCGAUGGCAUCGCGGAGCAGAUGCCUCUUUUUGAAUGCUCUUCUCUAUUGAUCCUUCUGCAAGCAUACCAGAAGUAUACAAAUGACACUUCUUUCGCAGCCAAGUACACUUCUCUUCUCGUUGGCUGGGCCGAUUAUCUAAACGAGAACUCGCUGUACCCAGCCAGCCAGCUCAUAAGUGUGGAUGCUAUUCCGGCGCAAGCCAACCAAACCGGCCUUGCCAUUCAAUCUGCCAUUGGUCUCCAAGCAGCCAGUAUCAUACUGGGUAACUCUACAUACUCAGAUACAGCCAAAUCGAUUGCCACAACUCUUUAUGAAGAUGCACUGGGUCUCGACGGUGACACAUUAGAGGAGAGCACUCAUUUUACUUAUUAUUACGGAGCUGCUGAUACUUGGAAUGUUCUCUUCCCCUCGUAUUCCGACGUCCUGCUCGAGCUAGAGACAUUCAACUCCUCUGCUUGGUCUCUUCAAUCCGAGUGGUACAGCCAACAAAUUCAGACUGGUGGCCUACCAUUUGCUGGUCCCGCAAAUUAUUCCGCCUACGGAACGGACAUUAAUUGGGGUCUUUCCGACUGGAACCUUCUUGUUGCUGCUACAUCGUCCGCAGAUGUCCAAACAGUUAUUAUCAACACAACCCACACUUUCUUGACUAACGGACUCAACACCAUUCCGUUCGGAACGAAAUACUACGUCGAGGGUGACGAAGUUGGUGUUUGGAUCGGAAAUAAGGCACGUCCCACUGUGGGGACAAAUUUUGCGUUGUUGGCUCUGGAUCAAGGGUACUGGGGAUCUUCAUACUAG